AUGUCGGCCGCCACCAUCGCGUCGCUGCGCGCAGCCGCUGAGGCGCAGAAGGCAUCGGCGGAGCGCGCGCUUCGCACCCUGGAUGAGAUGGAGGCGCGCGGGGAUACCGACGACGAUGCGUCGGAAGAGCUCGCGUCGUUGGCAUCCACGGUGGCGGAAGAGCUGGGCGGGGUGGUGGAGUCGUGGCGCGGGGCGGCGGACGGGAACAAGCCGCGCGAGAUGGUCGGCGUCGGGUUGAUGAUGGGUGGUAUGUCGCUGGGUGAGCUCAAGGGUGCCAUCGCGUCGAGGCCGUCGAAGAACACGGACGACGACGACGACGGGGCCAACGACGCCAAUCGGAAGAUCGGCGUUCGAGUGGUGCCCGCGUCGUCGUCGACGCCCGUCGCGCCAAACGUAGCAGGCGGUAAACCCGCGUGGAUGCUGGAGCUGGAGGCGAAGAAGCGGGCCAAGGCGGCGUCGGAGCGACACGUGGGGUGA